CCACUGUAUAUAAACUGCUCGCUGCUAGACCCCACGCCUUGCUUGAACGCCGAUCGACCCGGAACCGGCCACACCACCGGCCUAGCUAAUUUACCAGCCGCCCGAUCCAUCAAACCAACGGCCGGAUGGCCGAAAUGGGGCAACCAAAACCCCUCCACCAGCACCACCACCUCGUCCUUCUCGCCACCGUCCUGGCAAUAAUGGCAUGCACGGCGGCCGGCGAAGAAGGCAACGGGAAGCCACUGGUGACGGCGAUCACCAAGGACGGCUCCACGCGCCUCUACUCCUUCCCGGUCAUCAAGAACGGCAGCCCACUAGUCCUGGACCUGUCCGGCCCCAUAAUCUGGUCCACAUGCCCGGACUCCUCCGCUCACGACACCAUCGACUGCAACAGCCCCGCCUGCAUGCGCGCGCACAGGUACCACCCGCCAAACUGCCCGCACACCGGCUACGGCCAGCCGGACGCCCCCCGCAACCCCUACCGCUGCAAGUGCACCGCGCACCCCCACAACCCCCUCGGCUCCAACUCCGGCGGAUCCACACCGCAGUCCGGGCAGGACCUGACACGUGUCGCCCUCUCCGCCAACGCCACCGACGGCAACAACCCGCUGAGCCCGCCGGUGGCAUUCACCGCCGUCGCCUCCUGCGCGCCGGAGUCGCUGCUGGAGGGCCUCCCGGAGGGUUCCGUCGGGGUUGCCGGGCUGGGCCGUUCCGCGCUGUCGCUCCCGGCCCAGGUCGGGAAAGCCCAGGGCGUGUGCAACAAGUUCGCGCUCUGCCUCCCUUCCGGAUCCGCCUCGGGUAAUCUCGGCGUCGCCAUCUUCGGCGGCGGCCCGCUCUCGCUCCUCCCGAUGGUCGGCACGGACCUGACGGCGAGCCUCGCGGGGGAGACGCCGCUGGUCAAGUAUAAAGAGUGCCCCGGGUACUACGUCAAGGCCACGGCCGGCAUCGCCGUGAACCAGGCCCAGGUAGUCCUCCCCCUCGACGACGGCAAAGACGGCUGCGGGCCGCUCGUCGUGGGCUUCUCCACCACGGCCCCUUACACGGAGCUCCGGUCCGAUGUCUACCGGGCCUUCAUCAAGGCCUUCGACGCCGCCACGUCAGGGAUCCCAAGGCUGCCAUCCCCAACGUCUGGGCCGAAAUUCGAGCUGUGCUACGAGUCGGCGAAGCUUGGGUCGACGCGGCUGGGCUACGCGGUGCCGCAGGUGGACGUGAUGCUUGACGGCGGGAAGAACUGGACGGUGUUCGGCGGCAACUCCAUGGCGCAGGUGGACGACCGCACCGCGUGCCUUGCGUUCGUCGAGAUGGCGGAAGGCAAAGCGACGUAUGGCGGCGGAGGUGAGGCCGCGGCGCCGGCGGUGGUGAUCGGAGGAUUCCAGAUGGAGAACAACCUGGUGGUGUUCGACGAGGAGGAGCAGCGGCUUGGGUUCAGUGGGCUGCUCUGGGGACGGCGGACCACCUGCAGUAACUUCAAUUUUACCAUGGCUGCUGUCUAGUUUCUGCAGGACUUGCUCCCGUUUAUUUACUGCAUCUUGUCAUGAGUAGUUCUAUGAAGAGUGUUCGUCUUAUGAUUUCCGGAUUUUGAUUUGCCGGCUUUGACUGAAUUAGGAAUUCAUAUAUUGAGAUUGUUAUAUGGAGUAUAAGAGACUUUUUAA